CAGUGAUCAUGUAUCGGUCGGACUGGUUGCUCCAAUAUGACAAUUUUCCAUGACCAAAGAGCUAGGAAGGAGGAUCAAAGAGGAAGAAGACGACGCUCGGUUGCUAACCAGGGCCAAUCCUGGUGCUUGAAUGCAAGUGAAGCUGUCGCGGCAUCCCGAAAGAAUCAUCGAGCUGCUUAGGGCUUUCAACGGACUUCUUCCGCAGCGGCAGGCACCCCACAUUGUUCACAUUUCUCAUGGGUCGUGCCCAGUAGCACUAGAAGUUGCGUAGAAUUUGUCAUAUUGCCCGGCACUGACAGGGACAGAUCUACCAGCCGAUCAGGCCACAUCCUCACACAAGAACAAAGGGAGCGUAGCGCGAUCUACCGACUUGCCCCUUGGAGAAGUCAAGUGACAUUUUUCUGGUCUUCUUCCCUUAGAAAAAUCCUUACGAAAGUAAAGCCAGCUUACACAAUGCCCUUCUUUACGACGUGUAACCAAGCGUCCGGUUCCACUUGGCUCCGCUCGAGGCAGUGGCCUUGACAACGACUGACACCGCGCCCAGCUUUGGGGGUGUGACCAAGCACAAUGUGCGGCCCUUGUGUCAGGAGCUGCUUCAACCUCUGCCUGGGGAACACGGGCCACAAAAACAUCCCGAACAAACUUACAUCCCUCCGGAAGAUCGAGGGGAUCCAACUGGAAGCGUUGAGUGCGGAGAAAUGUAAAAGCGGGGCCACCGUAGCUGCCCGCGAGUUGUGGACGGAGCAGGUGUGCUUGUUCCUACUUAUUAGAAGGCCCGGGGAAAGCACGUGCCGCGCCCAUGCCAGGAGCGUCUGGAAGCAUUGGGACGAGUUUACGGACCUCGGCGUGCGCCUGGUCUGUGUGGUGAACGAAAAUAUUCCGGGGGAGGUGGAAGCCUUCAAGGAAUUCUGGGGAGGCGACAUCUUUUUAGAUGGGCGAAAGUCCUUCUUCAAAGCGUUGUGGGGAGGGCGACUCGCAAAGGGCGGCCUCGUUGGCUUGGUCGCCAACCCCCGGGUUUUGUCGCACCAGUUCACGGCCAUGACGAGAAACCGCGUUCCAGGCAACCUGGUGGGGAAUGGCCUGGUUAAGGGCGGCGUGUACAUAAUAGGCCCUGGCGACAACGGUGUCCUCUACCAAUUCCGGGAAGUGACUUUCGGCGACCAGCCGACCAUUGAAGCCCUUUUGGAGGUUUGCGAAGGGUUUGCCUAUCAAACCCCGGGGGACCAUUUGUCGAUACCGCCCACUCCCUCCGUCUACCUUUCCCCGGUGGAAGCGCUAUCAGUGCCCCCGUCCCCCGCUCCGGUACGUGCCUUCCAUGGGAGUCUUUCGGAUGAUAAGCUGGAAACUUAGAAAAAGUGCGGCCCUUACUAGUUCGGUUGACCACAUACAGGAGCUUGGGUAUCACGCCAAAGUCCGAUGGUUGAAAACAUCAUCCGGCAAGCCUUAAGACGUGUGCACACUUAGAGGAACCCGGAAACAAAGAACGUAAUCUUACAAUCAUACAUGCGGAUGCCGACACUGUAAUAUGCAGAUGAAGGUGCCGGUGCAGGUCUUAACCACGAUAUACGCAGCUUCAAAGAUGCUAGAGCCGCAGAUUUUGAAGUUGUUUGCACCGCGUAUUCGGGAUCAUGUCGAAAACCUCCAAGACCUUUACAUAACCUGAAUAGCUAGUGCGGCAGGCUGGCAAGCAGCCUAGCUAGCACGGGUAUGAUUGCAUCAGAGUUUGCUACAAUUAGACAACAUAUUUCGCUUCGCAAGAUCCAACAAAGAGCCUGCUUUCUAUUUUUAGCUUUGAUAAGUUAACAUUGAGCCUGCUAGCCCCGUCAGACUUUCUAACUUUGCACAAACUUACCUUUCAGUAGUUGGAGUAUACAGGGCGCUUUCUGACAAGUUCAAAUGUUCUUG